CUUUCUGCACACGCGUACUCGCGCGCACCGGCGGAGCCGACAUGGCGGCGGCAGUGCGGGCGGCGGCGGCGGGAGCGAGGCUCCGCGGGGUCCCGAGCGCCCUGCGCACCGCGGCCCGCGGCCUCUGCAGCCAGCCUGCCUCGGUGAACGAACGCAUCGAGAACAAACGCCGCGCCGCGCUGCUGGGAGGGGGCCAGCGCCGCGUCGACGCGCAGCACAAGCGAGGAAAGCUCACAGCCAGGGAGAGGAUCAGGCUUCUGCUGGAUCCUGGCAGCUUCCUUGAGAGCGACAUGUUCGUUGAACACAGAUGUGCAGAUUUUGGAAUGGCUGCUGAUAAGAACAAGUUUCCUGGAGACAGCGUCGUCACUGGACGGGGCCGAAUCAACGGAAGAUUGGUUUAUGUCUUCAGUCAGGACUUCACAGUGUUUGGAGGCAGCCUCUCAGGCGCACAUGCCCAGAAGAUCUGCAAAAUCAUGGACCAGGCCAUCGCCGUGGGUGCUCCAGUGAUUGGUCUCAAUGACUCUGGGGGGGCGCGGAUCCAAGAGGGGGUGGAGUCCUUGGCUGGCUACGCAGACAUCUUUCUGAGGAAUGUCACGGCGUCCGGAGUCAUCCCGCAGAUUUCUGUGAUUAUGGGCCCGUGUGCUGGUGGGGCCGUCUACUCCCCAGCUCUGACGGACUUCACGUUCAUGGUGAAGGACACCUCAUAUCUGUUCAUCACUGGCCCUGAUGUUGUGAAGUCUGUCACCAACGAGGAUGUCACCCAAGAGGAGCUAGGUGGUGCCAAGACCCAUACCACCAUGUCAGGUGUGGCCCACAGAGCCUUUGAAAAUGAUGUGGACGCCUUGUGCAAUGUGAGAGAAUUCUUCAACUUCCUCCCCCUCAGCAAUCAGGACCCGGCUCCCAUCCGCGAGUGCCAGGAUCCCAGUGACCGCCUGGUUCCUGAGCUUGACACGAUUGUCCCUUUGGAGUCUACCAAGGCCUACGACAUGGUGGACAUCAUACACGCCGUUGUUGAUGAACGAGAAUUUUUUGAGAUCAUGCCAAAUUAUGCCAAGAACAUCAUUGUUGGUUUUGCAAGAAUGAAUGGGAGAACUGUUGGGAUUAUUGGCAACCAACCUAAGGUGGCCUCAGGAUGCCUGGAUAUUAAUUCAUCUGUGAAAGGGGCUCGCUUUGUCAGAUUCUGUGAUGCAUUCAACAUUCCACUCAUCACUUUUGUCGAUGUCCCUGGAUUUCUGCCUGGCACAGCACAGGAAUACGGGGGCAUCAUCCGGCAUGGCGCCAAGCUUCUCUACGCAUUUGCUGAGGCAACUGUGCCCAAGAUCACGGUCAUUACCAGGAAGGCUUAUGGAGGAGCUUAUGACGUCAUGAGCUCGAAGCACCUGUGUGGUGAUACCAACUAUGCCUGGCCCACAGCAGAGAUUGCAGUGAUGGGAGCCAAGGGAGCAGUGGAGAUCAUCUUCAAAGGACAUGAAAAUGUGGAGGCUGCUCAGGCCGAGUACAUCGAGAAGUUUGCCAAUCCUUUCCCUGCAGCAGUGAGAGGGUUCGUGGAUGACAUUAUCCAGCCUUCUGCCACCCGUGCCCGGAUCUGCUGUGAUCUGCACGUCUUGGUCAGCAAGAAAGUACAUCGUCCUUGGAGGAAACAUGCAAAUAUUCCUUUGUAAACAAGUCAUGAACGAAGCAAGAACUAAAUCACUGUCUACCGUUCCCGUCCCCGUCCUACCCUGUGCAAUCAGGAAACCUGGGAC